AUGGUAUUACACUGUCACAAUCACUAUAACUGUAUUAUAACACAAAAAACACGUAUUAAAUGUCCACCUUGUCGUUUGAAGAAAUGUUUUGCAGUUGGUAUGAAUCCAAACUUAAUUCGGUCUGCUUAUCAACAUGAAAUUGUUUUUAACAAUGAUCAUCAAUUAUCAAGCAGAGAUAAAAAUAAAAAAUCAUUAUCAACAUCUAAAUUACUAAAUUUUUCUGAAAAUAAUGGUUCAAAUUUGACAUGUAAACAAUGGACAAUCUUUGCAAAUUUAAUUCAUCAAUAUAAUCAAAUAAAUCCAAUCUUUAAUGGAAAAUCUAUAUUUAAUAAACAAUCAUCGUUACCACCUAAAUUACGUUUUAAAUCAACAAAUGUCUUAAAUAUGAUCAAUUCAUCUGUUCAAAAUAGUCAAUCGAAUACUCAACAUUCAUUUCAAUUACAACAAUUCUUCAUGGAUAUUUGUCAAGCAAAAAUUAAGCAUAAUUUCUCAAGUGUUGAUAAUGUACACGGCUUUUUCACUAAUCAUGAAACAAAUUUAUAUAGUGAUUCAAUUUUGUUUACUACUAGCAAUGAAUUGUACGGAUCUACUUAUGUUACUGAGAUUAUGUCAAUAUGUAAAGAAUUGGAAGCAAAUUUAUCAUUUGUUGAACUUAUGACAUUUGUUUUAAAUUUUUCAAAUAAUUUUUCAAUUGUUACUUUUGAUGAGAAGAAAAAUAUCGAAACAAUGUCAAAUUCACUUGAUUUCAUUCAAAGUCAACAUAUACAUGUCACUAUAUUGUGGAAAUAUUUUAUUAAUCAAUAUGGUUUUACUGAAGCUGUUCGACGAUUUAAUAGUCUAAUCAAAAGUAUAUUAAUUAUUUUCCAUCGUAUCAAUGAAAAAUCGUUGUCAAAAUAA